AUGAGUGAACAAAGACCAAUAAGAGUUGCUGUUCUUGGUGGGGAUUCAACGGGUAAGACCUCCUUUGUCUCUCGAUUGACGCUAAAUAUAGUACAUGAGGUACAUUAUCCUACCAGAGAUCAAACUAAUUGGCUUUUCGACUUUAUACCCCAUUCACCAGUUUCUAGAGCUAUAUUAGAUGCAGAAGCGCACGAAAGAUUGGCAUUUAGAACACCAGGUAGUCAAGUUUUGGAACCUAUAUUCUCAUCUCCUUCAGUGACCGACCAUGUACUUUUAUCACCGCUCGUCUUCCAAGCGUUCACAGAUGAAUUUACCCAGGUAAGGAAUCAGAAUAAAGGACGGACACUUUCUUACAUAAGACCUAUGGAAUCAUCAAAAAAAAAGAAACCACAUCUCUAUAAAUAUUCAUAUAACAAUGGUAAAGCAGCAGAAGCAAAUGAUAAAGGUAUUUAUCUUCGAGGCCCAACAUUUAUGGAAAAGAGUCCCAACAACGAAUUACCAGUAAAUUAUGUUCCUCCAGUCUACAGUCCUAUAUUGAUUGAUAUAAUAGACACACCGGGAUUUAAACCAGAUAUGGUUGUACCAUUUCUGGAAGUAUCAUUAUUUGCAAAUUUAGACAAGAAUAUAUUAAGAGGGUUAGCUGAUGAACCAAGACAGCCCGUAUCUACAACUUCACUGCUAGUAGCAUCUGGUGCUUCUGAACUGAAUGGUAAGAUAGACGGUUAUGUGUUUGUGUAUAGUGCGAUACCCGAGUUGAGUCAUUUAAUAAGUCCGCCAUCAUAUGAUUUUUCAAACACAAAUAAAGAUGUUGCCAAUUUGUCUAUCGAUAAAACUAAAACAAACGAAAGUAUACCAUGGUCGAGUUACACCAAAAAGAAGGAUGGUGGGUUUAGUUUACUUGAUGUUAUAAGAGACUGCAUAUUGGAUGCUUGGGCUGAGUUUAGAGAUUAUCAAAGAAGAUGGGAAAUGGGCCAAGAAGACGAUGUUUAUUCAUUGUUCUACACUCUUAAACAUAUGUGGAAGGCAGAAAAAGAUAGAUCUACGAAAAUACAGGAACUGAGAAGUUACAAAACCACCUUAAAUAGCAUAGAAACUGAUCCUUCAUCACCAGACUCUCCCCCACCGUGCCUAAUAGUAUGCACACAUACUAAAGAUAAUAUGGCGAGCCCAUUACUAAUAGAAAAAGGGAGACAACUUGCUACUCAAUGGAAAUGUGGCUUUGUUGCCUUGGAUAACCUGGAAGACUAUAAUGUCGACGUUGCAUUAAGUUUACUAAUUAGAGAAAUUGCUGAGAAAGAAAAACUUCAGAUAGGGAGAGGGAACAAAAUGCAUCAAAGUAUUGGGAAGGACCAUUCACUUCACCCCUCCAAAAGUAACCCUAACAAUACUGAGUCAUCUUCAUCAGGAGCUGUAAGCAUGUUCAAGAAGUUUUUGCGAAAUUGA